ACCUGAGGAGCUGUGCUGCCAGCCAUAUGCGCCGAGAAGCACAAUGAUGUCACCUCGUGGGCCAACAGAUGAGGAAAUGCACGACGGCCAGAACCAAACUGAAGAGAGAUGCACAACGGGAUCUGGAGAUAAGAAAAGGGAGGAAUGAGUAAAACAGGUUCGAGGGAAACGGAGUGAAAGGCUGGCGACGGUCGUUCGAGCCCUCUUCCCGCGCGUCUGGGGAAAGCGCUGCCUUCCCUUCGGUGCAUCGAUCGACAGGCAGUUGGCAAGUGCGGCCUCGGCACGUGAGUCGAGUGGCUUCCGCGGAUCGCUCAAGCGAGCGAGGAUCGUCAAGGGUGUUGGACGCGUUUUGUUAGCUGGAUGUGCUUGUGUAUUGCGUCUUAGGGUAACAUGGGAUCAUUUUUCUUUGUCUGAUGGAAGUAAUCGGGACUAGUUAAGCACAGGUAUUCAAGGUCAAGUUAGCAAAUUAUGAGGGACUUGCAUGAAGGAAGUCAUACGUUGUGAAAUAUAGUUAUGAGAAAAGGUAAAAAAUUGAGGGCGGUAGCUGAAAGGAUUCUUCAAAGUCUCUACCUCUUUAUUUCUCUGUCACGUUACCAGCUCAGGUAGGGUGAAAACAAUCCGUUUGAUCCACGGUAUAAGUGUUUCCACCCUCGGCCAACUUUGGAGCCGCUGAUGAACCGCUGAAGACGCUCGAGAAACGUGUGAGCUAUAGCAUCGACUUUUGUUGCUAGUUUCGUAGCAUUAAUGAAUAAAUGAAUGAUAUUUCAACCUAAUCCCCGUCGAAGGCGCAACCAGAAUCCACGAAAUCGGAUCGAUAGAGUUGGUAUGCCUCCGUGCUGAUAGUCGUAUUACAAUGCAUCUAAUCUGUAUGCGAAGUUGAAGGAGUGACUCGGUUCGAGAGCGCGAAGAGUGGUAUGACGUCGCCGUUGACAGGAGAAGCGAAGGCCGUAGGAAUCGACCGAGAGCGGAAGGUGGUCGAGGUGUGCACGGAGUCGGGGGAACGGCUGAGCCUCCCGUGGAUCUGGCUGAGGGACCACUGUCGCUCCGCGACGUCCUACAACCACCGCACCUUCCAGAGGAAGCAGGAUCUCCUCGCCAUCCCCCUUCACCUCGAGCCGACUCGUGCUCGCGUGGAGAACGACACGCUCUUCGUUCAGUGGGACGACGGCUACGAAUCCGAGAGCGGAAUCAAAUGGCUCGCCGAAAUCAGCCCCGGCCGCGGCACCGCCCUCCGCGCCUCCGUCUACUCCAAGCGAAUCCCCUGGGGCCAGGGCCAGCAACUCCACGAUCGUCCCUGGGCCCGCGUCCCCUUCUCCCAACUCAUCCAUCCGGACUCGCAGAUGGAAUCGGCUAAGAAGCUGCUGGAGUCGCUGUGGGUGUACGGCGUGGCCGCGGCCGUGGACGUGCCGCCGACGGUCGAGGACACCCGGAGGGCCGUGGAGGCGGUGGCGCCCAUCAUGCGCACGACCUUCGGGGACAUCGCCGCCUUCGAGGCCAACCUGGAGCGCGCGGACACGGCCUACACCACGGAGUCCAUCGGGCCCCACACCGACAACACCUACUGGACCCAGCCGGCCGGUCUGCAGGUAUUCCAUUGUAAGCACCACGAUGGGACCGGCGGAGAGAACAUCCUGGUGGAUGGACUGGCUCUGGCGAAUGACAUGAGCGAGGAGCAUCCGGAAGCAUAUCGAAUCCUCUCCACCGUCCCGCUUCCGGCCGAGUUUCGGGAGGACGAGGGUGGGAGGAAGAAAAAUCACUUUGCCAAUCUGGACUUCACCUUCAAGCACGAUCCGGUCACGGGGCACCUCAUGCAGAUCCGAUACAAUGCCUACGACCGAGCCGAGAUGUCGACCCUCGAGGCCGACAAAGUGUACUCGGUCUAUUCAGCCUACCAGACGCUGGGCCGCGCCAUCGCCUCGCCGGCGCGCGCGUACGAGCUCAAGCUCCAACCGGGGACGACGCUGUUCAUCGACAACUUCAGGGUCCUCCACGCGCGGAAGGCGUUCGACGGGCGCAGGGUCAUGAUCUUCGCCUACGUCCUCCGGGACGAGUUCCUCAGCCGGUUGAAGGUCGCGGGGGUCUUCAGCGGCUUGUGACUCCAAUGAGUGACCUGAGGAAUUAGUUCUCCCUCUCCUUGAAAUUUGACUUGAUGUGUGAUGGACAGUAGAUGUUUGGCAGUUAUAACCUUUUCGGUUCCAUUUCCGAUUUUGUUAAUUUCCCGCCGUAAGUGCUUUUGCUUCAAGGCUGGAUCUGUCUGGAAAAUCGAAAAGUGAUGCAUUCUUCUAACACUGAUGCCGCUUUAAUGCAAUAAUCGGAUGGUAGGAUUAAGUGAAAUCUUGCGAAAGUGUUGCAAAUAUGCUUCAAUGGG